CUCCUCUCUGUUUCUCUCCCCCUCUCCAAACUUUGCCAAGUUGGAUUAACCGUUCCUCCAGGACUGUGGACCUCUUCAACCCAACUCCACCCCCACCCCCAAUUUCUUUGCCGCUGUCCCCUGGCCCUUCAAGGGUGGGGGGGACGAUGCAUUGAUGGGGAGGGCUGCAACUUGCACGGUUUUGAAGCCGCCGUCCCAGAGGCGCUGUGAGUUUUGCUAAACUGGGGGGGCCGCCUGGCCAAGGUCGGAGGCCUCUGCCUCCCGCCAGCAUGAAUCCCAGCCUUGGAUACUCUCUGCUGCUCCCUCUCGUCAAUCUCGUUGCCUUGCUGCUGAUUGGCUGCGCCACGGAAAGUCCCCCUGAGUUUAUCAAGAGUCCCGUGGACCAGAUUGGAGUCUCUGGGGGGGUAGCAUCGUUCGUAUGCCAAGCAACAGGAGACCCGAAGCCCCGCGUCACCUGGAACAAGAAAGGGAAGAAGGUGAAUUCGCAGAGGUUUGAGACAAUCGAGUUUGACGAAGGUGCCGGUGCUGUCUUGAGGAUCCAGCCCCUCCGGACCCCCAGGGACGAAAACAUUUAUGAAUGCGUUGCCCAGAAUUCUGUUGCAGAGAUCACCGUCAAUGCCAAGCUCACUGUCCUGAGAGAGGACCAGCUGCCUUCAGGUUUCCCUAUCAUUGACAUGGGACCCCAGCUGAAAGUGGUGGAGCGUACGCGGACGGCCACCAUGCUCUGUGCAGCUAGUGGGAAUCCGGACCCAGAGAUCACAUGGUUUAAAGAUUUUUUGCCUGUCGACCCCAGUGCUAGCAAUGGAAGAAUAAAGCAACUGAGAUCAGGUGGCCUCCAGAUCGAAAGCAGUGAAGAGACCGACCAGGGGAAGUACGAAUGCGUGGCCAGCAACAGCGCCGGAGUGCGCUACUCUUCGCCCGCUAACCUAUACGUGAGAGUGCGCCGUGUGGCUCCCCGUUUCUCCAUCCCACCUUCCAGCCACGAGAUCAUGCCGGGAGGGAACGUGAACAUCACGUGCGUGGCGGUUGGCUCGCCCAUGCCCUACGUGAAGUGGAUGCAGGGGGCGGAAGACUUGACCCCGGAGGAUGACAUGCCGGUGGGCCGGAAUGUCCUCGAACUGACAGACGUGAAGGAUUCGGCCAACUACACUUGCGUGGCCAUGUCCAGCCUGGGCGUCAUCGAGGCCGUUGCACAGAUCACCGUGAAAUCACUCCCCAAGGCUCCAGGAACUCCCAUAGUGACAGAGACUACUGCGACCAGCAUCACCAUCACCUGGGACUCGGGGAAUCCAGACCCCGUCUCCUACUACGUCAUCGAGUACAAAUCAAAGAGCCAGGACGGGCCGUACCAAAUCAAAGAGGACAUCACCACCACACGCUACAGCAUUGGCGGGCUCAGCCCCAACUCGGAGUAUGAGAUCUGGGUGUCAGCUGUGAACACCAUCGGGCAGGGGCCCCCCAGUGACCCUGUGGUGAUGCGUACUGGGGAGCAGGCACCCGCUAGCGCCCCCCGGAACGUCCAGGGCCGGAUGUUGAGCGCCUCGACCAUGAUUAUCCAAUGGGAGGAGCCGGUGGAGCCGAACGGGCAGAUCCGCGGCUACAGGGUCUAUUACACCAUGGAACCAGACCAGCCCGUCAGUAAUUGGCAGAAGCACAACGUAGACGACAGCCUCUUGACCACGGUCAGCAGCCUUCUGGAGCACGAGACCUAUACUGUGCGGGUCCUGGCCUUCACUUCUGUGGGAGACGGGCCGCUCUCGGAUCCCAUCCAAGUGAAGAUACAGCAAGGAGUUCCUGGGCAACCCAUGAACUUCCGGGCAGAAGCCAAGAGCGACAGCACCAUUUUGUUAACCUGGAGUCCUCCACGCCAGGACAUCAUAUUGAAGUAUGAACUCACUUUCAAAAACACGACGCAGUUAAAACCUGAGGCGAGGACUUUUGACCCUGUGACCUCGUACGUCGUGAAAGACCUGAAACCCAACACAGAGUAUGUCUUCAAACUGGCUGCUCGCUCUGCCUUGGGCCUUGGGGCCGCCACCCCGGAGGUCAGGGAGCGAACCCUGCAGGCCAAACCGUCCGCCCCCCCUCGAGAUGUAAAAUGUGUCAGCACCAGAUCCACGGCCAUUCUGGUAAGUUGGCGGCCUCCGCCAGCCGAAAGCCAAAAUGGCGUCUUGGAUGGAUAUAGCGUCCGCUAUCGAGCCUUGGACUCGGAGGACACGGAGCCCAGAGAGGUGAACGACAUUCCCCCAGCAACCAAUCAGAUCCUCCUGGAAUCGCUGGAGAAGUGGACGGAAUAUCGCAUCACGGUGGUGGCACGUACGAUGGUGGGGCCAGGCCCUGAAAGCUCUCCGAUCAUCAUCCGUACAGAUGAAGAUGUGCCUAGCGCCCCACCUCGCAAAGUGGACGUGGAGGUUCUGAAUUCAACUGCCAUCCAGGUUUUCUGGCGCUCGCCGCUCCAGAGCCGCCAACACGGACAGAUUCGUGGCUAUCAAGUCCACUAUGUCCUCAUGGAGAAUGGAGAGGCAAACGGCGUGCCCCAGAUCAAGGACGUGAUGUUGGCUGACGCUCAGUGGGAAACUGAUGACAGUGCAGAAUACGAAAUGAUCAUCACUGGGCUGCAGCCAGAGACGGCCUAUUCCAUCACCGUUGCCGCCUACACCAUGAAAGGAGAUGGCGCUCGUAGCAAACCCAAGAUGGUUGUGACCAAGGGGGCAGUCCCGGGAAAGCCGGUCUUGUCCGUUCACCCAACUCAAGAAAAUGCCCUCCUUGUCAAAUGGGAACCUCCCUUGGACGCCGAAGGCCAGGUCUUUGGAUACCGCUUGAAGCUUGGCCGCAAAGACAUCAACCCCUUGGCCACUCUGGAAUUCACCGCCCAGGAGGAUAAGUACACAGCUGUCAACAUCCACAAGGGGGCCACGUACGUCUUCAAGCUAGCCGUGAAAAGCCGGGCCGGCUUCGGGGAGGAAGCCGUCCAGGAGCUCACCAUCCCAGAAGACGUCCCCAAGGGCUACCCCCAAAUCCUCGAGGCCGGCAACGUCACCUCCAAGUCAGUGCAGUUCAACUGGAUGCCCCCUGUCUUGGCCGAGAGGAACGGGGUCAUCGUCAAGUAUACCGUAGCCUACCGGGAGGCCAGUUCCUCCGGGAAACCGCAGGAGAAGGAGCUCCCCCCAUCUCCUGAGAACUCGUACACACUGAACGGCCUCAAGCCCAACACCGCCUAUGAUGUUAAAAUCCGAGCCCACACCAGUAUAGGUCCGGGGCCGUACAGCCCCACUGUCCAAUACCGGACAUUCCUUCUGGACCAAGUUCUCCCAAAAAACUUCAAAGUGAGGAUGGUCACCAAGACGUCAGUUCUUCUGGGCUGGGAGUUCCCCGAAAAUUACAAUUCUCCUAUUCCAUAUAAGAUCCAACAGGAGGGCGGUAAGGAGAUCGAUGUGGAUGGCCGCACGACCAAGAAGCUCAUCACGAACCUGAAGCCCCAAAUGCCCUACAAGUUCAUCCUGACCAGCCACGGGAGCAACAACAAGGGGGACCUCAAGCAGAAAGUGGAGGUCUCGACGGCAGCCAACAUCCUGAGCAAGAAGCCAGACGUCUUUAGGCACGACAUGGAUGGGAGUGUAGUGGUGAACCUCCUGGGUGCAAGAAGCUCAGAGUCUCCUGCGCAGGCAUAUUACAUUGUGGUGGUCCCGCUGAAGAAAUCUAAGAACGGCCAGUUCCAGAUCCCGUACCACACUCCCGAAGAAAUGGACUUAGAGGAGUUAAUUCAGGAGAUCUCCAGACUCCAGCGCCGCAGUCUCCGCCACUCCCGCCAGCUGGAUCUCUAUAAGCCUUACAUCGCAGCCCGCUUUCACACCCUGCCCUCCUCCUUUACCCUGGGGGACAUGAAGCACUACGACAGCUUUGAGAACAAAGCCCUGGAACCUGGGCAGAAAUAUAUCUUUUUCGUCCUGGCGGUCCUGCGGGCCACCGAUUCGUUAUAUGCGGCCAGCCCAUUUUCUGAUCCGAUCCAGAUAGACAACCCCGACCCACAACCGAAAAUUGACGGAGAGGAAGGGCUGAUCUGGGUCAUUGGGCCUGUGCUAGCUGUGGUGUUCAUCAUCUGCAUUGUCAUUGCCAUCCUUCUGUACAAAAACAAGCCAGACAGCAAACGAAAAGACUCCGAGCCACGGAUCAAGUGCAUGCUGAACAACGCUGAGAUUGCCCCCCACCACCCUAAGGACCCCGUGGAGAUGAGGCGGAUCAACUUCCAGACACCAGAUUCUGGCCUCAGCAGUCCUCUCAGUGACCCUGAGUUUGACCUUGAAAGUAUGCUCAGCCACCCACCCAUCCCAAUUUCGGAACUGGCUGACCACACGGAGCACCUCAAAGCCAAUGACAAUCUGAAGCUGUCUCAGGAGUAUGAGUCUAUUGACCCAGGUCAGCAAUUCACUUGGGAGCACUCCAACCUUGAGGUGAACAAGCCAAAAAACCGCUAUGCCAACGUCAUUGCCUACGACCACUCCCGUGUCAUUUUGCUGCCUAUUGAAGGAAUUGUGGGAAGCGAUUACAUUAAUGCCAACUACAUUGACGGCUAUCGGAAGCAGAAUGCAUACAUCGCCACACAGGGGCCCUUGCCGGAGACCUUUGGGGACUUCUGGAGGAUGGUAUGGGAACAGCGCUCCGCCACUGUGGUGAUGAUGACCAAGCUGGAAGAGAAAUCACGGAUAAAGUGUGACCAGUAUUGGCCAGGCCGGGGCACAGAGACAUAUGGAAUGAUUCAGGUGACCUUGCUCGAUACCAUUGAGCUGGCCACGUUUUGCGUCCGGACCUUCUCCCUUCACAAGACCAGUUCCAGUGAGAAACGAGAAGUGCGCCAAUUCCAGUUCACGGCCUGGCCAGACCAUGGUGUCCCCGAGUACCCGACCCCGUUCCUGGCUUUCCUGAGGAGAGUGAAGACCUGCAACCCACCUGACGCAGGCCCCAUUGUCGUCCACUGCAGUGCGGGCGUUGGUAGGACAGGCUGCUUCAUUGUGAUCGACGCCAUGCUGGAAAGGAUAAAGCAUGAGAAGACGGUGGACAUCUACGGACACGUCACGCUCAUGAGAUCGCAGAGGAAUUACAUGGUGCAGACAGAGGACCAGUUCAGCUUCAUCCACGACUCCUUGCUGGAAGCCGUCGCCUGCGGGAACACGGAGGUCCCCGCUCGGAAUCUGUACACCUACAUCCAGAAGCUGGCACAGAUAGAAGCUGGAGAGCACAUCACCGGUAUGGAGCUAGAAUUCAAGAGACUUGCCAACUCCAAGGCUCACACCUCCCGGUUCAUCAGCGCCAACCUCCCGUGCAACAAAUUCAAGAACCGCCUUGUCAACAUAAUGCCAUAUGAAACCACCCGGGUUUGCCUUCAGCCUAUCCGAGGGGUUGAGGGCUCUGAUUACAUCAAUGCCAGCUUCAUUGAUGGGUACAGGCAACAGAAGGCGUACAUCGCUACCCAAGGGCCCCUGGCGGAGACCACAGAAGACUUCUGGCGCAUGCUUUGGGAGAACAAUUCGACCAUUGUUGUGAUGUUGACCAAACUGCGAGAGAUGGGGCGGGAGAAGUGCCAUCAAUACUGGCCGGCAGAGCGCUCCGCACGGUACCAGUACUUUGUGGUGGACCCCAUGGCCGAGUACAACAUGCCUCAGUACAUCCUCCGUGAGUUCAAGGUCACCGACGCCAGGGAUGGCCAAUCACGGACCGUGCGUCAGUUCCAGUUCACUGACUGGCCAGAACAAGGCGUGCCAAAAUCCGGCGAAGGCUUUAUCGAUUUCAUCGGGCAGGUGCAUAAAACGAAGGAGCAGUUUGGGCAAGAUGGUCCAAUUUCCGUCCAUUGCAGCGCUGGUGUGGGCCGGACCGGUGUCUUCAUCACACUUAGCAUCGUCCUGGAAAGGAUGCGCUACGAGGGCGUGGUGGAUAUCUUUCAGACAGUGAAGAUGCUGCGGACACAGAGGCCGGCUAUGGUGCAGACGGAGGACGAAUAUCAGUUCUGUUAUCAAGCAGCACUGGAGUACCUGGGCAGUUUUGAUCACUAUGCAACAUAAAAAGCAAAGAAAAUACAAAUCAACUUUUUAAAAAGCCAUCUGUCGAGCAGACUCUUACCACUUACAAGUCCCCAGAAGGUCCCUUUCGAGCUGGAGAGGUGAACAUUGACCUUUUUAAAAACUACAGGCUGAAUCAGAAGGAAGUUACCUUCACCCCCCCCAAUAAAAAAACACCCUCCUCCGCCCAUUUUGGAUGCUACAGCAGGGAACGAGCCACGUGUGAAGCAGUCAACACACUCUCCUCCCCAAAACACACUCCUGCCCAAAAACUGGACCUGCAACGCAUCCGCCGGCGGCUCAGAAGGAGGGUUUUCCAUUUUCGUUCUUUCGUUUUUUCCCACUGGUGAACUUGUCCUUACCUCAUUCGGUCUCUGUGGCGUGGGCUCCGUUCCUGGGGAUGGCGCAGCCAAGCCUGUUCCAAACGCCCACAGGAACUUUUAAAAUAAGACCAGCGAGAGAGAGAAGCCCGCCCUCUUGUCUUUGGAGAACAACAGCCGGCUGCAGACGAAAACGGGGGGCGCGGCUGUCAAAAGGAGCCCAAUGGGGCGAUAGCAGUCGUAGGGUUCCGUUGACAUACUAAUCUAGAUGGCAAGCUUUGGGAGAAGGCCCGUGCCGGUUUGCAGAUGCUAAGGUGGGAAGGAAAGGGAGAGAGACAGGCAGAAAACACAACAGUAACUCACCUGAUCCGCAACCAGUUCCCCCAAGCAUUCAGAUAUUUUACUAUUUUUAUUUUUGACAUUGCAAUCCCCAAUUUUAAUUCUGGGUGUUUCACCACCGUACAGAGGGAGAGGGUGGAGUUCUGCACCCAAACACACCCACCCUUUCAUAGCUCAUCUUUAGCAUACUUGGAACAUUCCUCAUCUUCAGUGAUUCCACCAUUUUUACGUCAAGAGGCAAACUGAAAAAAACACGCAAUAAAGAGUUAUCAGGGACCAUCUGCCUUAUCACGAGUCAGGCCAAUUGGUCCGUCUAGGUCAGCACUGUCCACACUGGCUGGCAACAGCUCUCCAGAGUUUCAGGCAGGGGGUCUCUCCCAGCCCUACCUGGAGAUGCCGCCAUCGGGGAUUGAACCUGGGACCUUCUGCAUGCAAAGCAGGGGCUCUAACCACUGAGCAAUGGCCCUUGCCCCCCCAACAUGCCCCUUUCCCCUGCCCUGCUUCCACACACACAACCACCGUGCAUUCUGCCAAGUUACACAGCAGUUCCCUCCAGAAAGCAAUCAAGCAGAUGGAGGUAUGGAAUAUUUUUUUAAAAAAUGCCAUCCAUCUAACUUUCUGAUCCCAUCAGCACAUCAGGGCUGACUUUGUUCCAUUGCAACCAGAUAUUUGGGGAAGGGGGCAAUGCCAAAGAGAGAGAGAAAUGGCAAAUUCUAAGCAGCUCUGUUAUGCGAUUGAUUUUUGAAAGGGGGAGGGUUCGUGGUACUUAAGUACUGGUACAGCAUCGAUGCACCCUCAGAGGGGAUGUAGUCACUGGCCUCAUCACCGUGGAAACAUGGAUUCUGGGUGCAACAGAAGGGUGCAAGCCAAUCUUGGGUGAUGGAGGCGCCUAGUUGGGGGGAGAGACACCUGCCCUUGGCUCUCUGUAAAGAGGUAUUGAUGUAACUCUAGCAAGCGACAUUCAUUUUUACUUCUUGUUUCAUUUUGGGUCUCUCUCUUUUAUUUUAAAUAGUGUAUUUUUUUCCUUUUUAAAAAAAUAUGUAAAAAAUACAAAAUAUCAGUCGAAUUUACAAAAAAAAUUACUUAUUUGUUCAUAUUAUGUUCAAAGACAGUCUAUUUUUUCACUGUAAAAACAUUAACGUGUAAUGGC